AUGCUGAUUCCUCUUUUGAAGAAGCUGAAGCCUCAAAUUGCUGGAAUUCUCGAGCAAAUAAUUCAGAGGUGCCAAGAACGGAUUACGACAUGUUGGAAUUCGAUCUUAUCCUCAUCAUUUUCCAGCUGCUAUACCCUUGAGCUCGCUCCGCUUAGACUGUAUACCUUUCCUCCAAUCAAGCCGAGGAAAUCCCGCCAAAAGAAAGCCAGGAAAGAAAUGGUUAAGGCCACGUUUAAGAGGGUCAACUACACCGACGUUGCUAAAGAGAUUCCCGCUCCGAGCAAAAGGACUGAUGCGACCGUUAAACAGGCUGGGCCUUCUGUCGCCGCUCAGGGAGCAUCCAAUCAAGUCUCUUUGCAGACCGAGAAGGCCGCUGAGGCUUCUCUCGCUGCGAAGAAGGUGGGAAAGCGAGUGGCAAACCUUUCUACUGAGGUCGCGAAGAAGGUUUCUGAUAAGGAGACCAGGAAAAAGAGGCCCAAUGAGGUCGCUAUUGAGGGAUCGAAGAAAAAACAGCGUGUAGAGGAGUCGACAGAGAAGACCGCCUCAGUUGAAGCCGCUGCUAGUGGUUCUGAAGAGGAACCCGCGACCUAUGAUCUUUCGUUCACUUUUAAAUUGAAAGAUUAUAUUGCAAGUAUCCCGCAGGCGUGCGCUGAGCUAUGCUCCAGGAUCCCCUGUAGCACGGAGCACGACUUUCCUGCUUAUCCGUUGCUUCCGCUCUAUCAGUUGGUAUCAGAGCUGCGUCUCUUUGAUUUCUCAAUGGAAGAACGAUUCUGGUUAUCAUGUCUGAUCCGUGCAGAAGAUGUUCGAAAUUCGAUCUGUGAAGAAUCAGGGCGAUAUCAGAUCUGUCCAGAAGGCGUGCAAAAGUCAGUUCGUGCGAUUUUCGGGUUUCAUCAGAUUUUUGAAAAUUAUAUGAAGAAUCAGAUCUAUGAUCACAUAUGGGAAUCUGAUCAUCGAAAAAUACGAGCGUCAGUCUCGGGGGCUUCUAAAGAAGCUCGAGGAUUAUCCGAGCGUGGAAAGGAGGCUAAGAAGGUUUCCAGCCUUGAGAAGAAGGUCGCAACGCAGAUCGCCGCGAUGGAUGAUCUAUCUAAAAAAGCUGAAGAGGCGAGGGAGCGGGCAAAAUAUGCCAAAGCGGAGCUUUAG